GUUUUUGUAAAAAUAUAAGAGCUCUCUCUUCUGGAAAUAACAUUGAAUUAAUGGUUUUAAGUUAAAUACGUGUUAUGAUACGUUAUUCACGAUGUCUACGGAUUUAAUGAAUAUUGAUGGCAAUAUAAAAAGGGUACAGAAAGAAACUCUAACACCAUACAAAAUAGCAACCGUCAUUUUGAUCAAAGAAUAUUGCAAUGACACAACAAAAGCGAUUGUUGAAAGACGUGAUUUUUGUUUAGUUGCAUUGAAAUUGAUUCAGUCCCCUGACAUGGAGCUUAAUACACUCUUGAAUAUAUUAUAUUCUCCUGAAUAUAUUUUACAUCGGUUUGCACAUCACAUGGAAGUACAAUUGAAUGUGCUAAGAGGAAAAGGGGUUGAAGGGUUAUUAGAUUUAUUUGAUAAUGUUGGGCGUCUCAUGAAACCAAUAUUGGAUCAUUCUCUUUCUCUACCUGCUCUAAAUAAAAAUUCUGUUCUUGGAUUAUAUAUAAGAAGAGUUAUAAUUUUUUUUGAGAAAUUACCUUUUGAUCAAGUUGUAGCUCUUUAUGAAGCUUUGAAAAAAUACCUUGAUAAAAGAAUUAGUACCUUUGAUGGUUCUGAUAUAUCUACAGGUUCUAAAACUGAAGAUUCAUAUUCAAAUGAGACUAAAACAACUUGGGGUGGAAGACAAGCAGAAUUACUUGUUGCGCAACAGGCACAUGCACUACAGACAGAUGAACAUAAAGCAAUGUCUCCUGCAGAGUUGCAAGUUCUUGUACGAGAACUUUUAAGUUGUAGUCCUUAUUAUGCAGAAGCUCAUUAUUUAAGUUAUUUAAACUGUCUACGAGUUAAUGAAUACUGUGGUGCUAUAGAUAGUCUUUAUCAUUGCUUUGAUAGAUUAGCACCUUUAGAAAACCGUUCAGCGCCUGAAGAUAGAUCUCGUAUUUUCAGAUAUGCAGCUUUAAAUUUAGCAGUUUUACAUGCUCAAUUUAAUCAUAAAGAAGUAGCGCAGGCUGCUUUGAAAGAAGCUAUUAUGAUGGCUCAAGAAGCAGGCGACAAUGUGUGUUUACAAUUAGCACAUGCUUGGAUGUAUCAUUUAACUACUAAACAAAAAGGACCUCUUAUAGAGAGAUCAGUUGGUAAAGCAAGUAUGUUAGGAAUAACUCACACAACUGGAUUAGGUCUUAUUGCAUAUGCUCAUAAUUCUGCUUUAGAAGCUAAGAAUCCAUCACAAGUAUUUGAGACACUGAUGAAAUCUGAUGUUUUAAAUUGUCAACAUUCCAUGAUAGACUUAAUGUCAAUGACAUAUGCGGAAAAGUCUGCACUAUGGGCAUAUUACGGUAAGACGGAGAUGUCUUCGGUUUGCGCACAACUUUUGCUUUUACACAAUACAGGGGACAAAAAGCAGCAUAUGUUUAAUGGACCAUCUACUUGUCAGGCUGUUGUUAAUAUUGCAAAUAUUUUAGUAGAGUUUGGAGAAUAUUUUUUAGUCGAUGUUGUGCUUGCUCAUGCUAAAGAGAGAUUUCCUAAUGAACCAUGUAAUAAGAUAUGGAUGUUAAGUGAACAACUUUAUGUAUUCACACAAUUAAUGAGGCAAGAAAAGUGGGGUGAGGCUGAAGCAAUAGCAUUAAAUAUUUCAAGUUUAGAUCCUGUGGAAUCUAAAUUUAGAUUAGCAGAAGUUUGCUUGGAAAAAGGAGACUAUCUGAAAGGCUUAGAUUGCAUUGACAUUAUUGAGAAAGAUGAACAAAUAACACCUCAAAAUAAAAUAAGAUCUAUGAUUCUUUUAAGUCAAAUAAUGUGUGCUUCUGUUUCAUCAGAAAGUGGAAUUGUUGGAGUUAAUUCAUUGGUACUACUAAAUACAGCCCUAGAUUUUACAAUAAAAAAUCAUUUAUCUUAUUAUAAAUCAGUAAUAAAAAUGCAUCUUGCAAACAUACAGUUAAUAAUGGGUAUGCCAACUUUAGCAUUAAAUUUGGUAGAAGAAGCAAUUAUUCAAAUUUUAGCACAUGGUGGAUAUUAUGAUCAGGGUAGAGCAUUUGUUUUAUACUCGAAAUGUUUAGCUGCUACUGCUCCGACAUGUGACAAGGCAAGAAAGGAAGUAAUUUUAAAAGCUAUUAAAGCGCUUUCAAAAGCGAAGAAUUAUUUUACAAAAAUCGAAGCAUAUGGAAGAUUGAGAACCACAUUGUGUUUAGAAUCAUUACUAUAUCACGAGAUUGAUCUUAAGACUGAACGAAAUCAGUGUGCUUUCGAAUUUCGUCAACUGAAUCAACAACUUCCUACAAAAUUGGAUAAUUUAUCUUUAUAUUAA